CACGUCACCGUCUUCUUCUUCCACCCCAAUUCGAAGAAAGAGAGGCUUCUCCCUAGGGUUUCCUUUCCCCCAUCUCUUCUCCUUCUUGUUCUUCUUAUAGGGUUUCCUCCCGGAUUCUUGUUUUCUUAGAGAGAUUGGGAGAUGGUGGGGCACGGGCAUGCGAUCCCGCUGGAGGUGGUGGGAACGAUGAUCGAGAUGGCGGACGUGGCGUGGAGCGCCCUCGAGUACCGCCGCGAGCGGAAGGCCGAGGCGGCGGAGGAGGACGAGAUCGCGCAGCUCAAGGCCGAGAACCUCCGCCUUAAAACCGUCCUCGCCGACAAUCUUGCCGUCCUCCAGGGCCUCUCUAAAUCUCCCUCCAUCUCCAAAGAUUGCCCUCCCGAUUUAUAUACACGCCUUGUAGCUGCGGCGGACAGCUCGAGCUUCCUGGCCAAACUUGAAUCACUUCAUCAGGAGUCAACAGAUUUACCAAAUGGCAAAUUCCCAUCUAGCGAAGCCACAGGGACCAAUUUAAAUUCUGUGGAAAUUAUGGUAGAUGUUGAUCAUGGAGAGCCUAGUUGGUGGGUGUGGGUCACUCAUGAUAUUGUCCCAGGUUGCUUGGAGGAAGUUAGUGGAAUCGAUAAUGAAAAUUAUGUCAUCAUUAGUGAAGAGAAUGUAAUUGAUGGCAUUGCCGACUUCAUAGCUAGAUGCAUCCUAGAAAACCCAAAAUCUAAGGAUUUAACGCCGGAGGAACUGCAGAAAACUGUGACAAGGGUUUUGGGUGGCAUUAAAGAUAGGAGCAAGUGGAGAAAUGUUUGGGAGGCUGGAAAAAUUAUCUACACCUUAUCAACCUGGGGAAUUGCUUUGGUGGGGUUAUAUAGGCACCGGGCAAUUUUGAAAGCUGCAGCGAGGGGUGUUAGUGCAUCUGCCAACCUUGUCCUGAAGGUUGUCUAAAGUGUGACAUUAAAUCCAUCCAUGUGGUUAUUGACUUCAUCUUGGAGUUAUAUGAGCACCUGGCUAUCUUCAAAGCUGCUGCAAAUGGGUGUUAUUGCGUUCACCACCCUUGUAUAGAAAGUCCUGCAAUGCUGUAACACUAAAUCCAUCAUGUAAUCCUUGACUGCCUCAUUGAUGUUUGCUUCAAAUUCUGUACAGACUACAUUUGCAUGGUAUUUGUUGUGUACUAUUCAUUAAGUUAAAGUCCAUGAAUUUGAAAAGUCCAUGGAAGUUCUCAAUUUCAUGGCU